AUGACUAUUUCACCAAUUAAAAUAUCUCCAAAAACAACGACUAUGACCCCAACAAGUAGUGUUAAAGGGAUGUCUGAACCGUCGGCUUCAGAACCGUCCGAACCUUUAAUGCCCCUUAUGCAAGUAUAUAUGCGUAGAAAAUUCUUCGAACCCAAAUUAAUGUCAACUCCACCGCCUAUUGCAGAACAAUUUCUUUAUGACUUGAGGAAAAUGAUAUCGGUAGCUAGGGAAAGAAUUCGAAAUAGGAGACAUGUCCCUCGCCUUCCUCCCGUUGCAGAAAGUGACGACGAAACAACAAUUUCAGCAGCAACUACAGCAAAUGGCAAUUGUAUUAUUUCCGGAUCUCUCCAAACAAAAUCAGAACAAAUUAAAAACGGAACAGAAGAAAAUAAAAAAGAAGAGAAAAUUGCUCCAAAUAUUUGUUGUUUAAAUAAAGAAAAUUCCAAAGAAAAAGAAAAAAGGAAUUCGGGUAAUUUACAACAAAAAAUGGAUUAUUGUUUAGUUGAAAAGAAGGGAGAAGAGAAGGGUGAAGAAGAAGAAAAAGGAGAAGGAGAUAUCCCUAAGGAAAUUAUUAAUGAAAAGGAGGAGGUGGAAAUUACUGAAGAAGGGAAGGAAGAAAUGAAGGAAGAGAAGGAAGAAGAAAAGGAGGAUAAGGCGUUCAUUGAAGGAAUAAUCUGUUCUGAAACAAAAAUAGAUUUAUUUAAUGAGAAUUUGGAAUUAAAUGAAAUUAUGGAGGAGGAAUUGAAUGAAUUGGAGAAGGAAGAGAAUUGCGGGAAUAUUGAGGAAAUGAAGGAAAAGGAUAAAGAAGGCGAAUUAAAUGAUAAUGAAUUUUUGGAAAAUGAUGAGGGGAAGGUUGAUAAAUUUGAAAAGGAAAUUGAUUUGGGAAGGGAGGAAAAUGAAGAGGAGUUGAAGAAGGAUGAGGAGAUAAUGCCGAUAGAAGACUAUUUUGAUGGAAAUUCAGCAGAAACAACGGAAGAAGAAAAGAAAACAACAAAAUCAGAACAAGUUGAAAUGACAAAAGAAAUUAAACAAUCAAUUCCUUUAAUUCCUCAAACACUUCCAGAACACCAAUUAAAUAAUGCUUAUAUUCCUCCCCCAAGUCGAAUACCCUCAGCAAUACCUUCAACAAUUAAUGGAAAAUCACCAAAAAUUCCUUUAAAAUUUCCUUCUUCAAAUAGAAAAACUUCUUCAAAUAAUUGUGUAAAACCUCCACCACUUCCACCUAGACCACCACCACAAAUUAAUGGACAAACUAAUGGAACUACACCUGUAAUGAAGGAAUCUUUUUUGACUGUAAUGGCGGCAAAGAGAAAAGCUGCUUCUGGAAUUGCUAGAAGACAGAAACAGAAUGGAAGGCAAGUUUUUGAAAAUGAAAUAAUGGGGGUUUGGGAAAUUUGA